GGAUAGUUUAUAAAAUCGAUGCUCUGUUUCCUCCUUCGAGAAAUACUGUGCCCAGUAGCAGGUUUUUUGAACCGCUAAAGGGGUGCGAGAUUCCGAGGAGGAAGAAGAAGACUCGGCAUUCGCGAUUCAAUUCAACUUGGCAAUAACAUAACCUUACCUGUAUCGCGCCGCCAAUCGCUCAAGCAUGGCUACCCUGAGAGCAUAAUCUGCCCGGCUGGACUGUACGUCAACUGAAUGGCUGGCUAAGAAGAUGAUUUCGGUAUUGAAUCCACCUCAGUACAGACACGGCCGGUCAGCCCGUGUUGGUGCACUAUGCCGCGUCCCAUACUACCCCCGGAGGCUGUUGGAGUAUGUCUAAUACUUGUUGCAACCAACAUCACAUAUCAACAAGCAAAUUGCUCCACUGCGAGAUGCCACAGGCCUGCAUCACUCCGUUUGGCCAAGAAGAGGGGUAAGUUCCCUGUGACACCUGCAGACAUAUAUGAGGAAGAGUCGUCCUUGGUAGCUUCGAGACCUCAUGUUCCUUCGCGUCUUAAAGAUCUAUCAUUAAUCAGCAUGGCUGAGAGUCAGACAGCCUCUAGAGCUGAGCAUGACUCUGCAGCUCCGCUCAUAUCAGCAUCUGUUGACAACCCUGGGCCUGUUGGUAACCUAAACUCCGGCGCGACAACCAGUCAUGGCCCUAUUCUAGAGGCCGAUGCGGAGAAUAGCGAUUUGUCAGAUGAUAAUUUCUCGGACAGAGCAACGAGCGUGGCAUCUUCAAGCACGAGCUUGUCGAGCUCAAUGCUUCAACAUCGCUUAGAAAACGGGAGGACUUACCACAAGCACAAGGAUGGGAAAUAUCUUUUCCCAAACGACGAGAGAGAGAAUGACAGGCUUGACCUACAGCAUAAUCUUUACCUUUUGACCUUGGAUUACAAGCUGGGUCUCGCUCCCCCGAACAAAGAAGGUUCGGGCGUCAAGCGCGUCCUGGACAUUGGGACUGGCACUGGUCUAUGGGCCAUUGAAUUUGCCGAGGAGCACCCUGAUGCCGAGGUUCUUGGUGUCGAUCUGUCCCCAAUUCAGACUCAGUUUGUCCCGCCGAACCUGAAGUUUGAAGUCGACGAUAUUGAGCAGCCCUGGACGUUCAGUCAGCCCUUUGAGUACGUCCAUAUUCGGGGUAUGACUUCCAGUAUCUCAGACUGGCUCGGAUUCUUCAAACAAGUCUACUCUGGCCUUACCCCUGGUGGCUACAUUGAAUUAUUUGAAGGCCAUGCGCGCACCCAGUCGAACGAUGGGACUUUGACACCAGAUCAUGCUGCUUGGCAGUGGGCGGACAAGCUCGACGAGUGCUUCAAAAUCCUCGGCCGUCCAUUCGUGAACGUUCCUAGUCUUGUUCCUAUAUUGAAGGAAGCUGGCUUCGCCGAUGCAACCAUUGUUCCAUUCAAGUGGCCGGUCGGUCCAUGGGCAAAAGAUCCGCAUUACAAAGAGCUUGGAGAAUGGGCUCUCGAGAAUUCUUCUCAAGGCCUCGAAGCCUGGACUAUGGCAGCAUUGACCAGGGCGCUCGACUGGACCAAUGCAGAGGUCCAGACCUUGCUUACUCAGGUGCGGAAGGAUCUGAAAGACAGGAGUAUACACCAUUACACCCCUAUGUGGGUUAUUUACGCUAAGAGGCCGUUAGAUGAAGCUUAGCUGUCGAGAACAAUUCUUCAGACCAUAGCUAUGCAGAGUUAGGAUACCAAUGCGAAACAGUCAAGGUCGACAAGCAAUCGAAUGCAAAUUCUCUCUCGGUUGCCUGUUCUUCUCAGGACGAAAACUCCGUCAGAUCAUGGUCUCCAGCCUUUAAAGCUUGUUGUAUCUCUUUGUCUCUCCAACGAACAACUGCUUACCAAAUAAAUCGGCAAUGACGAG